AAUUGCCAUUUCUCUCUCUGGAUGUUCAGGUAGAGAGAGAAUCGGAAAAUUUUGCCAUUCAUCGUUGAUGGCCGUCGCCGUCGCCGUUGCCGUUGCUAGCUUUACCGGCGAAUCGACUCAGAUGCCUCUCCGGCUAGUCCGUGACAUCGGCAGGAUCUCGGCCGCGGGAUUCGGCGGUGGUUUCAAGAAAGAUUGCGCAGAUCUCGCUAGAAGAGUAUCUCUUCUAACUUAUCUACUUGAAGAAAUUAGAGACUCUGUUGUCAAAUCGAAACCUAUCGGAGAUGUAUUGGUUGCUUCUUCAUCGUGCAAUGUCUCUUUGGAUGAACUUACAGUAGCUCUUCAAGCUGCUAAACGUCUUUUGCCGGCCGCUAGUAACUUUGAUCCUGAAAAUACCUCCGAUGGAGCUGCUAGAAAGAUCGCUUUUCAAUUCCAGUGUGUAACAUAUACAUUGGAGAAGGCUCUAGAGAACUUAUCAUAUGAACGGUUUGACAUUUCAGAGGAAGUUCAGGAGCAGGUUGAGUUGGUGAGAUUGCAAUUACGUAGAGCAACAGAGAGAUAUGGCGGCUCUUUGAAUUCAAAGAAACUAUCUCGCGCCUUAUCUGAACCAUUAGACAAAGAAACUGACUGGAAACAACCUAACCCUAGGGCUAUUGGAAGCCUCCAUUUGGACAAUGUGGGUAAUGUUGAUCAUGAGGUUAAAGUAAUGGAUGAUUUUAGCCAAAAGGGUGAUUCCCUUCAAGGACUUGGUGAAAAUCAAACAAACCAAGCUGUGGAAAUCCCUAAGAACAAAUCUGUUUCAUUGGAAGUUUGUCAGCCAAACGAAGUGAAUGUUCUUAACAAAGCUAAUGCAAUGAAGAAUCAUAAAGGGGAGGAGAAUCGAAAACCCAAUUGUACUAUUCCUGAUGAUUUCCUCUGUCCCAUUUCACUAGAACUGAUGAGAGAUCCUGUCAUUGUUUCAACAGGACAAACAUACGAGCGAUGUUACAUACAAAGAUGGAUUGAUUCAGGAAACACCACAUGCCCGAAAACACAACAAAAGCUUCAAAACCUCUCUCUCACGCCAAAUUACGUUUUGAGAAGUUUAAUCGCUCAAUGGUGUACUCGAAACAAUGUAGAACAGCCGAGAGCAAUAAUAAACGGAAGGAUUAAAAAGAGCGAUGGAUCCUUUCGCGACGUGACAGGAGACAUUGCAGCCAUUGAAUUACUCGUGCAGAAACUCUCAAGCUCAUCAAUUGAAGAACGCAGAGAAGCUGUGGCCAGGAUCCGAUCGCUAUCCAAACGGAGCACAGACAACAGAAUCCUAAUCGCAGAAGCCGGUGCUAUUCCAACCCUAGUCAGUCUUUUAACAUCUGACGACAAUCUAACACAAGAAAACGCAGUAACAUCGGUCCUAAACCUCUCUAUCUACGAAAACAACAAAUCACUGAUAAUGAUCGCCAAUGCCAUCCCAUCCAUUGUUCAAGUUCUCAGAACCGGGAGCAUGGAAGCGAGAGAGAACGCCGCAGCAACCCUUUUCAGCUUAUCCCUUACAGACGAAAACAAGAUUCUAAUCGGCGGUUCUGGAGCCAUAACAGCUUUAGUCGAACUUCUUCGAGUUGGAACAAUUCGCGGAAAGAAAGAUGCAGCAACUGCUCUUUUCAACUUGUGUAUACAUCAAGGAAACAAAGGGAGGGCAGUUAGGGCAGGGAUCAUUUCAGCAUUACUAGAUAUGCUUAAAGACGAAAGUGGAUCGAUGGUUGAUGAAUCUUUAACGAUACUUUCAGUUCUUUCUAGUAAUCAAGAGGCUAAGGCUGCGAUUAUGAAAGCGAAUAUUAUACCAGUUUUGGUUGGACUGUUGGAUACGGGUCUGCCUAGAAAUAAAGAGAACGCGUCUGCUAUAUUGGUUUCGUUGUGUAAGAGAGAUCCGGUUAGCCUUGCUUGUUUAAACAGGCUUGGCGCGGUUAUAUACUUGACUGACAUUGCUCGAAACGGGACGGAGAGGGCGAAAAGGAAAGCUAAUUCAUUGCUGGAGCUUCUUCAAUGAGUUAAUAAAAAAAGGUGCAUUUUCGGAAAUUUGGUGUUAUUUGUUUGUUUUCUUUAUAAGUGUGCGUAUUAUAUUUUGUUACUUAUCAAUCAAAAUAUUCUUUUCCUCCCUGACCGUGAACGUUUGUUGACAUGAUUCAUGUGCCCCCACUUUUUAAGCGUGGUUUACUGAGAUCAAGAGAAUACAUGGUGGCACAAACGUGCAAACCCUAAUUUCUGGCUCUCUUUUCGUUGUAUCUAAUUAUUCUUCUUCUUCACAAAGUGUGAUAAAAAAAGAUGUUCUUAUUGAAUUGUUUCGUUUGAAGUUGUGAUUCUUGAGGAAGACUGUUUUUUGUUU